AUGCGACCAAAGAAGUUAUCUCCGAAGUUCGUCGGACCCUAUCAAAUACUAAGGAAGAUUGGCCCAGUAGCGUACGAGCUAUCCUUGCCUCCUCAACUGUCCAAUCUUCAUCCCGUCUUCCACGUUUCCCAACUCCGGAAGUACGUAGCCGAUCCAUCUCACAUACUGGAGUUGGAAGACGUUCGUCUUCGCCAAGACCGAACGCUGGAGAUGCAGCCGGUAUGCAUUGAAGAUAGUGACACCAAAUACUACAAAAGGAAAGCGAUCCGAAUGGUGAAAGUGGUGUGGGACGAAAAGACGGGCGACUCUACAUGGGAAGUGGAGGAUGCCAUGAAGGACUUAUACCCUCAACUGUUUUCGGAUGGAGAGACGUUGCUUAAGGAAACACUAGAAGAAGAAAAUUUGGAGGAAGCAAACCUCGUCGAUGUUGAAGUGAAGGUCGAACAGUAG